AUGGACGAUAGCCUGUUGUUUACUGAGCGAGGAGACAACUCCAAAGGCUCGCGGGUGGCCUCAAUCCUCGUCUGCAAUGGCGUGCUGCUGGCGAUUUGCACGCUGGGAGUGGUGGUGCGAGUGUAUGUACGAGUACGACUCCUGACGGGACUCGCGUGGGACGAUCUAUUCUGUAUCCUGGGCUGGAUCUUCACAGUGGUUUUAUGCUUCUUCUGCAUGCUGAUGACUCGGUAUGGAUACGGCCGCCACAUCGGGACAAUCACCAAGACAUCGACACUCGACACAUUCCUGAAAUACGACUUUGUCACCGAGCUGACCUACCUGCUCGCUCUGGCCUCGAUCAAAGUGUCCUUCUCCCUCUUCUACCUGCGCAUCUUCCCCGGCCGGCAGUUCUUCUGGCUCUGUUGGGGGCUGAUCGUCCUCGUCGUGGCUGAGACAACCGAGGAGAUGUUUGUGGUGAUCUUCCAGUGUUCACCCAUCAAAAAGGCAUGGGACGCCAGCGGCACGGUGCCGGGCCACUGCCUCUCGCUGCUGGCCUUUUAUUACAUCUCGUUUGGUAUCCGUCUGGCCACCGAUAUCGCCCUCUUCGCGCUUCCCAUUCCUCCCCUGCUGAAGCUGCGCGUUAGCGGUGGUAAGCGGGCGGGUUUGCUUUUCAUGUUUAGUCUAGGCAUAUUGGUAACGAUGACGAGUGUGGUGCGCGCGACGUAUCUGAACAACUUCUCCGACGACCACACCUGGACGCUGGUCAAUCCCCUCAACUGGUCUACCGUCGAGGUGUGUGUAGCCAUCUUCAUCGCCUGCCUGCCCUCCUUCAAGCCGCUGAUCGCCCACCACUUCCCCGGCCUGCAACGCCUACUGGGCCUGACCAGUCGCGGCGACUCGACCGCGAAAAUGUACGGCGCAACAACGAUUACAGACGUUCGGAUGACCAACCUGCAUCCCAAGACAAGGUCUGGGUCUGAGGAGCGGAUCAUUGUGACGACAGAUGUGUUGGUGAAUGAAGAAGACCAGUAA